GAAAAAAAAAAAAAAGUUCUAGAGAAGGAAAGUGAGUGGGGGGUUUUUGGUAUAAUGCAAUUGAAAAUAAAGGGUGAAAAACAGAAAAGAAGGAGAUGGUUGGAGAUGAUAAAAAUUGAGAAAAAGGAAGAGAAGGAUGAUGGUUAAAGAAGAAGAAGAAGAAGAAGAAGAAGAAGAAGAAUGGGAAGAGUAAAAUUGAAGAUCAAGAGAUUGGAAAAUACAAACGGACGACAAGCAACUUACUCUAAAAGAAAGAACGGGAUUAUGAAGAAGGCUAAGGAAUUAUCUAUUUUAUGUGACAUUGAUAUCAUUCUUCUCAUGUUUUCACCUACUGGAAAGCCCAAUCUUUGUUGUGGCAAACACAGCUUUGAGGAGGUAAUCGCUAGGUUUGCUCAACAAACUCCUCAGGAAAGGGCGAAGAGGAAAAUGGAAAGCCUUGAUUCACUGAGGAAAACUUUCAAGAAAUUGGACCAUGAUGUCAACAUACAAGAUUUCCUAGGAACAAGCCAAACCAUUGAGGAUUUGGCUGGCCAAGCAAAGUUAUUAAGGGCCCAACUUUCUGAAGUUCAUCAGAGAUUAAGCUAUUGGGGUAACCCUGAGAAGAUAAACAAUGUGGAUCAUUUGGCCCAAAUGGAGGAUUCGCUGAGAGAAUCACUUAAUCAAAUUCGAUUGCAUAAGGAAAAUCUGCAGAAGCAUCCUCCAGCACCAUUAGACUUCACUAAUCAGGAUGGAAUGCAUCUACCUUUCAACAUGACUGUUGAGCAACAACUUCAUCAAUUCCAACACUUCCCUUGGAUUCCUAGUGAUGGUCAAAAUAUAGUUUUACCUGACGAUCCAAACUUCGUUCUCCAUAGGGAUGUGGAGUGCUCUGCAAGUUCCUCCUUUGCUAGUUACCCUGGUUAUUUCGGCACGGGUCGAAGUCCAGAGAUUUCAAAUCCAGGACAAGAAAAUGGUGUCCUCCCUGAACUAAGCAAAACAGAACCUCUAAGGCCCCAACUAGGAGGGCAAAAUUCCUACAUGUCUUAUAAUGUUAAUUUUUUUAAUGACCCGAGAUUUCAACCUGCAGCAGAGAUGAACCUGCCAGUAAAUCCUGUAGAUUAUCAUGUUAAUGGGAACUUCGACACCACCCAACACAAUUGGGCUUCUUCUUCUGGCCCUUGUGCUGUUUCAUUGUUUGACGAUCGCUUGUUUCCUUGAUAUAGUAAUUCUGGAAAAGUUGAUCGCGUACCUGAUAGCUUGAGGAUGAUGAUUUUGAAUCACGUUCAACUCUCGUCUUGUUCAAGUUCAUCUAUAUGAAGCAACUUUAGCACACAGCAAGAAGCCGAUAGCCUAAUAUACACACUAUUUUGGAAGUACCCUCUCGAGGCGGCUGUCACCGAGCCAAAAAGGCUCGGUGCUUACUCUCCAUGAAGUGAGGUUUCAAGGAGUUGUUUUUUUGCUUUAUCCCUGUCUAUCUUUUCGGCAGCUAAGGUACUGCCUUUCAUUUGCUCCGCUGACAUGGAGCUGUAAAUAAAAGUAGCAACAUAGCAUACAAGUUAUAGUUAAACGUCUUCUUCAGUUGGCUGAUACUAAUUCAACAUGUUUAGUAACUUGUCUGUCUUAUAUGACAAAGACCAAGAAUAAAAGCAAAUAAUUUUUUGA